AUCAUUAUCUAUCCUGUUCAUCACCAUCCUCGGAGGCUCACCUACCAACAACGACGACGUUACUCUUCCCUCGACACCCUUUGCAUAUAACGACAUCCAUCUACCACACCUCCACCCACCCAUCACCUUGCCUCGUCAACGCAUCCAUCCCCUUGUGCCAAUGUCAUCCCUCCCCGCUACAUCUGGUCCAGACACUCCAAUCUCCGCUCCCCCUUCCACCUCCCACACUCAGGAUACCGACUUAGAACUCCCUCCUUCACUUGCGUCUCAACUCGAACUUUGGACCAACCUCACCUUCCAAUCAGACGAACCACUCCCAUCUCAACACGUUCCUCCCACCAAUGAAUUCGACCUCGAUGGCUUUCUAAGCCAGUUUGGCGGCGUACAAUCCGUAUUCCCUGGUGUUUCCGCUGGAUUCCCGUCGUUCCCGGAGGCGCCUGCUUGGGGUUCUGCUGCCUUUAAUGCCCUCUCUAGCAGCGCUUCCGCAGAGAAUACUUCGGGAGAACCACCUUUGAAGAAGGCGCGCGGUCGCAAAGCGAGCGUGUCUGCCAGUUCAGAUGCCGAGUUCAGUGCACAGCAGAUGGAGUCGUUGAUGGCAAAAUAUGAGAGCGGUGUCCCACUGACCCCAGCGGAAGAUAAGAGGAGGAGGAACACGGCUGCGUCCGCUCGUUUCCGUUUGAAGAAGAAGGAGCGGGAGGCGGCGAUGGAGCGUAACCUGAAACAUCUAGAAUCGCGGGUGGUGGAGCUCGAGCGGGAAGCGGAGGGUUUGAGGAAGGAGAACGGCUGGCUCCGAGGACUCUUGGUUGGCGUCAACGUCCCCGCUGGUGUGGCGGCUGCAAGUGUCGGUCUGACGGGACCAGGAGAAGAGAAGAACGCGAUCAAGGUCGAUGCUUAAUGCCCUCCAUUUCGGUUGAUCCAUUCUGGUGUCACUGCUCCAUGGUUAUUGGUUUUCUCCCUGUGGUCUGGUUGUCGUGGUUUGUUGGAACAUUUCGUGGCUUGCCCUGACGCUGCGCGAGCUUGGUUGUACCGAUUUGUACCGAAUACAUGUCAAAUACGUCUGCUGCCCUUGUAACCUGUUCGGUGAACUCAAAUAGCAAUGAUCGCAGGCAGAAUUGCA